UGCAGUCCCAAAACAAGGGAGCCUCCCCGGUGGUCGACACUCCACUGAUCUCAACUCUUUUUCCUCGUUGUUCUUGACAAGCUGAGGGAAACAGAGAAUGCUAGAGGAAGAAGGCGAGGAGACUGCCUCACCAUCAGCGCCGGCAGCAGGCGAGAGAGGGAGAGGCUGUGAGAGGGACCAGGAAGAAGAAGAGGGGGAAGGGGAAGAAGCAUGGAGGGAAAGGAAGCAAGGGCUAAUAAUGGAAUUGUCGGAGAAGCUAAUCAAUGGAGAUCUAGACGCCCAAAUCGAGGCUGCCAGAGAUAUUCGUAAGGUCGUAAGGAAGUCGUCGGUGAGAACCCGCUCAAUGUUCGCUGACGCUGGUGUCAUUCAACCCCUCAUCCUUAUGCUUCUCUCAUCCAACCUUGACGCUCGCCGUGCAUCUCUCCUUGCUCUCCUCAACCUCGCCGUCAGAAAUGAACAAAACAAAGUGUUGAUAGUCAAAGCCGGAGCUGUUCCUCCUCUUGCGGAGCUUCUUAUCCCAAAUGAUAGUGUGAGGGAAUUAGCGACUGCAGCUAUUUUAACACUCUCAGCUGCUGCCCCCAACAGGCCAAUUAUUGCUGCUUCUGGAGCUGCACAUCUUUUGGUUCAUCUGAGAUGUGGAAGUGUACAAGGAAAAGUUGAUGCUGUUACUGCCCUGCAUAAUCUUUCCACUUGCAAAGAGAAUGGCAUUCCUAUUCUUGAUGCUACAGCUGUUUCCCCACUUAUCAACCUCUUGAAAGAAUGCAAGAAAUAUUCCAAGUUUGCUGAGAAAGCGACAUUCCUACUUGGGAUCCUUUCAAACUCUGAAGAAGGACGAGUUGCCAUCACCAAUUCAGAUAGUGGGAUCUUAACAUUAGUGGAGACUAUUGAAGAUGGAUCACUUGUCAGCACAGAACAUGCAGUUGGAGCUUUACUUUCCUUGUGCCAGAGCUGCCGGGAUAAGUACCGAAAACUCAUUCUUCAAGAAGGUGCAAUCCCAGGGCUUCUCCGAUUGACUGUAGAGGGUACCUCUAAAGCUCAAGAAAGAGCCCGCACCCUCUUGGACUUGCUUAGAGAUAGUCCUCGCGAGAAAAAAUUGGCUCCAUCUGUUUUUGAAAGAAUUGUUCAUGACAUUGCUGCUAGAGUUGAUGGAGCAGAUAAAGCAGCUGAAACUGCCAAGAGGUUACUGCAGGACAUGGUUCAAAGAAGUAUGGAGCUCAGCAUGAACCAAGUCCAGCAUAAAGCGUCAUCAUGUCCACCUUCCAAGAUUCCGUCCAGAUGAUGGUCUCCUUUUCAUCUCAAGAAGGGACUUUACAAAAACUGGUUUAGGGUUUUGACCUGUUUCUAUUUACUGUUUGACAUUAGAGCCCUUGUCUUCAUUCCUCAUUCCCAUCAAAAAUAGGAGUGGCUAAAGUAAGAUUGUUCUCUAGGAUGAAUCCCUGAGAUGAUAUUGUUACUCUCAUGGAUUUCUUUUCUUCUUUUUUGUAUAUCUUCAACUUGACCCCUGAUCUUGUGUAUAUAAAAAACCUCACUGUACUAGUGCAAAACAUCUUACUGGCCACAGUUUAGGCUGCUGUGUAGCAUGAAUAAUGAAUCUGUGUUUGCAGUGGUAGGGUAA